AUUAAAUGAGGUUUAUAUAACAUAUCAGGGUAUACGUGUAUGCACAACCUCAUAUUUUGUGAUGAAUGCAUGACGUAUUAUCUACAGUAUAGAUACACAUUUUUGCAUACUAAAUCACCGCUAUAAUAUAUAAAAGAGUGUGUAUAUUUUGAUGAUUUAGAAUUAAUUCCGAUUUAUCUUCUAUGAAAAUGGAUUUAAAUGAAGCUGAAAAGAAGUCCGGCAACUUGAAUGAUAAGUCUAAAUAUGUUCUGUAUGGUGUGGAAGAUACUCCUUCGCUACCAAUGUGCUUCUUGUUUGGACUUCAGCAAGCUAUCAUGUGUAUUGGCGGAACGUUAUCUAUUCCGUUCAUCCUGUCCGGACUUUUGUGUGCCAGCAGUGGCGAUGUGACGUCAACUCUGCUCAGCAUAACCAUGUUCAUGUGUGGAAUAGCCACCAUUCUCCAGUGCUUGUUUGGUAUACGACUCGGUAUUGUUCAAGGAGGUUCUCACACCUUUAUUGCCCCCAUUGUUGCAAUGAUGGCACUUGAUAAAUGGCGGUGUCCGGAAUCCGAAGACUCUGAGCAGCGACCACUAAAUGAUACAAGUGGGGUACAAGACGGGGAUGAGAUAUGGCAAAGUCGGAUGAGAGAGAUCCAAGGCAACCUUAUUGUCGCUUCAAUCACACAGCUGGUGCUCGGCUGCACGGGAAUGCUGGGUAUAAUAAUACAAUUUAUAGGACCACUGACGAUCGCACCUACCAUAUCAUUGAUAGGCCUGUCUCUUACAGGAGUAGCUAUUCAGUUCAAUAAGUACCAGUGGGGUAUCGCAUUCUUGUCACUGAGCCUGACAUUGGUGUUCUCGCUAUAUCUUCGUGAGAUUAAGAUUCCACUUCCGGCUUAUAACCGGAAGCGGGGUUGUCGUCUGGUUAGAUAUCCGCUAUUCCAGCUAUUUCCAGUUAUUUUAAGCAUAUGCAUAAGCUGGUUGUUUUGCCAUAUUUUAACAAUUACUGACGUUUUCCCGAACAAUUCUACAAUACCAAGUUACAUGGCAAGGACAGAUUCAAGAUUAGAAAUUCUAGAAAGGGCACCUUGGUUCUAUUGGCCGUAUCCUUUUCAGUUUGGUAUUCCGACUGUCAGCGCAGCCGGUUAUGUUGCAUUCCUGGCGGCAACUAUAUCGUCUAUCAUCGAGUCGGUGGGGGACUACUACGCCGCUGCCCGUAUAUCCGGUGCUCCCCCGCCUCCAGCACAUGCCCUCAACCGCGGUAUCGCCAUGGAGGGAUUGUCCAGCAUCGUCUCUGGCAUGGUUGGUUCUGGACACGGGACUACCUCAUAUAGCCAGAAUGUCGGGGCGAUAGGUAUAACAAAGGUUGCAAGCAGGGCCGUCUUCCUGACAGCAGGGCUUAUAUUAGUUUUCUGCGGUGUGGUUGGGAAAUUUGGGGCCGCAUUGACGCUGAUUCCAGAUCCGGUCAUUGGCGGGACACUGACAGUACUGUUUGGGAUCGUUUCUGCUGUCGGUUUAUCUACUCUUAAGUUUAUUGACAUGGAUUCGACAAGAAAUCUAACAAUUUUAGGAACGGCACUCAUACUUGGCCUGAUGAUACCACAGUACAUAAGUAAUCCUGAAAAUGCGGCAUUAAUUGAUACAGGAAACAGCGAGUUAGACCAGGUUAUAAAAGUGUUAUUAGGGACAGCUAUGUUUGUUGGUGGCGUCGUUGGUUUUAUUCUGGACAACACUGUCCCAGGCACAGAUGAAGAAAGGGGCAUAAUCGCAUGGCGUAAAAGUCUUUCAUCAUCACACGACACCGAAACAGCAGACAGCACUGCCCUACAAAUGUACGAAUAUCCCUACGUUACAAAGUAUCUUAGAAAAAUUAACUGCUGCACAUAUAUCCCUGUGUCACCCGUGUUCAAUAAAAAUAUAGAGUUUAAUUGUUCUUGCUGUCACAGAAAUAAAAAACAAGAGAAUAUAACUGAAGUCGGGUACGACAACAAAGCAGCGUUUGAUGAAGACAGUACCGCAGAAAAUUCAAGUAGACUUUGAGUAAUGCUGGAAUAGCAGUGCCGCAGAAAAUUCAAGAAGACUUUGAGUAAUGCUUGCACACCUUUGCCACCAGUGGGACAAGUUUACUUCUUUAAAAAGAAGCAUGCGAGAGGUCUUUUUGCAGCUGUUGAAGAUUUGUAUAUUUUGAAAAUAUUUGGAGAUAUAAAAGGCACCAGAGAUUUUCAAAAACGAGCAUAAAGUAUGUAAAUCAAACAAUUUUAAAUCCCAGAUUUACAUUAAUAAUGUAUAUAUCAUUUGAUUGGAAUAAACAAUAUAUACUGCUGCAUGCCUUCAACCACAAUGUGGCAAGAAAAUCAAACUUGAGAAAAAGUUGUUCCAUUUUCGCCAUUUGCGCCAAAAAAUCUCCGUUGCGUUAUUUAGUCAUACCAGUUCAAAGGUGAAAGUAGCAGCAAAUUUUCGGUACACUGUUCACUUGGUCAUAUAAUAGUACAUGGUGCUUUAAUGUUCACUGUUCCUAAUUUUCAAAACACGAAAUAGUAAAACGCUAUUCAGACAACAAGUAUCGAUUUAUACAGUUAUAAAGGAUUAAAAACGGAAUGAACCAUUACUCGUAGUGUUUUAGUAACAUAAAUGAUAUUUUCCGAUUUUUCCUGGUACCGAUUUGUUCACAUCGAUGUUUAUUUUUCGU